AUGGAAUUUUUACCUGAAAAAGUUAGCAUAUAUAAAGAAUGGAUAGAAAUGCAAGUUCUGUUCAAUAUAAAGCGCAUAGGUAUGUAUACUAAUAACAAUAAAAAAACUUCUAAAUAAAUAUUAGAAGAAGAAGAAGAAUUUUAAAAGAUUUAAAAACUAAGAGAAGAAAACCAGGAACUUUAUAAUACAAUAAAGUUUCCAAAAAAAGUUUCAGUGCAAGACACUUUUGAAAAUAUCGGAUUUAAUUAAUAAAUAGAACCUCAAAUGAACAUAGCAAGGAUAAGAUCUGAAUAGACUCAGACUAUACCUUAAAGCACAACUUUACCUUAAAGCGCAACUUUCAAAAAUUACGAGGUUAAAGUUUCCAAAAGAGCCACGUUAUUUAUAUAUAUCUUUUCCUGA